AUGUUCAGCCAGAGCACCUCCAUCCUCCUUGCAGGCCUCGCCCUCUUCUCCGCCGUCGCCUCGGGCCAGAGCAACGACACCAUGGCUCAAAAGGUCGGCUGGUCGGGCAAGCUUUCUUCCCUUGACGGCGGUCUCGGCGGUACCAUUACCGUCGUCGACGCCUCGACUCUUAUGAUCAGCGACUACACGCUAAAGGACGCCUCGGCCCCUGCAUUGUACUGGUGGGGCACCACCGGCAACACUAUCAAGGACGGCUUCCGCAUCUCCAACGAACAGGUCACCCACGCUGCGACCAGCAACUCUCUGACCAUCAAGCUGGACGCCGGGAAGACACCCGCAGAUUUCGCGACUGUCGGCCUCUGGUGUGAGCGUCUUUCCGCCAACUUUGGCCAGGCUACGCUCAAGCCAUCUUCCGGUUCUGGUUCCGGCUCCGCCUCUGGAGGCAGCGGUUCUGGUGCAGCAAACUCGGCAGCAUCGGCCAUGAAAGGCUCUUUUAGCCGUGUGGUUGUUGUCACUGUCGGCGCUGUCUUCGUUGCUUAUUGGAUGGUCUAA